AUGCUGCGUAAUGAAGUUGCCGAGACGUGGGUCGUCCGGGGGGGCGUGUCUGCCUACUCUUCUCUCAACCUCCCUCCCCUGAACACCAUCGACUUACCUGGGCACUAUCGAUGGGGUGUCGGACGCUCAUUUGUCACUCCAUUAGAUCAUGAUCUACCCGACCCCAUCAUAUCCCUGCUACAGCUCCCCGGAGCCGACUAUCCACCAUGGGCGACGAGAAGUUUGAUUAUCAAGCCGUCCCCAUCCCCUCUUACGCAGAAGCCACCGGUCAACCCUCCUCCUCUCGAUCAGAUCUCGGUGAUGGAACCGACCUGGAACGGGAGGGUCUCCUCGGUCGCGAGAACCGUCGCGAUGCCCCCCCGUGGCUAUCAACCUCCCACCGUGGAAUCCGCGCGCACCAGUCUCGAUGACCUCGAAUCUGCCGCCUCCCACUCGGAUCGGGGUUCGACCGAAGAGCUACGGAGAGAGCUUGACCAGAUGGAUGUGGACGAUUCAGGCACCUCUCGUGCGCUGUCCACCAUACAACGUCCCUUCCAACGAUACAUGCCCCGUUUCCGUUUCACAGUCAACUUGGAGGAGACGAGAGCCCGGUUGAAGGAUCAGGGUUGUAUCAUGCUUUUACGGCUGUUCGCUCUCUUGCUGGUGGUCUCCCUGGUCUAUGUGUUCUUUAUCGCCGAUAUCUUCAAUCUCAACAGUCGUAUGGCCAUGGGACAACAAUAUAGUGCUGCGUCUGUCGAGAACUUCAUACAGGGCCAUAUCAACGAAACCAAUAUCGCCGAGAACCUGCGCAGAGUGACCAACUAUACCCACGUUGCCGGAACCGAGGGCAGCUUUGCGCUAUCCCAACUAAUCGAGCAAGAGUUCCACAAGGCUGGCUUAGACGAAGUCUCACGGGAGGAGUUCCAGGUCUACCUCAACUAUCCACGCCAGGACGGCAGACGAGUGGCUAUUAUCGACCCACCCAAUCUGGCCUGGGAGGCGAAGCUUGAAGAGGACAACGCCAAAGACCUCGUCUUCCACGGACAUUCGAAAUCCGGCAACGUUACCGGACAUUUGGUUUACGCCAACUACGGCUCUCGCGAAGACUUCAAGUUGCUCGCAGACAAGGGCAUAUCACUCCAAGGCGCGAUCGCUUUAGUUCGCUACUACGGGACUGAGUCCGAUCGCGCCUUGAAGAUCAAGGCCGCCGAAUUGGCUGGUGCUGCCGGCUGCAUCAUCUACUCCGACCCUGCCGAAGAUGGAUUCGUCAAGGGUCCAGCCUAUCCCGAAGGCCGGUACAUGCCAAGUGAUGGCGUGCAAAGAGGCGGGGUCAGCAUGAUGUCGCAGGUGGUAGGAGAUGUUCUCUCCCCCGGAUGGGCAUCUACGCCCGGAGAAAAGCACCGCUUAUCUCCGCCGGACAGUCUCGGCUUGCCUAAGAUCCCCAGUCUUCCCAUCGCUUGGCGUGACGCCCAACCACUUUUGCAGAGUCUAAAAGACCAUGGCUCCAAGGUACCCAAGGAGUGGGUGGGUGGUGUGCCCAAAGUGGAUUGGUGGACUGGUGACCAAAAUUCCCCAGUCGUUCACCUGAUGAACCUGCAGGAUGAAGUAGAACGGCAGCCAAUCUACAAUAUACAUGCUAAAAUCAUUGGAAUGGAUGAGCGCGACAAGAAAAUCAUUGUCGGCAACCAUCGCGACUCAUGGUGCAUGGGCAGCGUUGACCCUGGGAGUGGCACCGCUACGUUCCUGGAGGUAGUACGUGCCUUUGGCGAGUUGCUCACUUAUGGUUGGCGGCCGAUCCGCACCAUCGAGUUUGUUAGCUGGGACGCCGAAGAGUACAACCUGAUUGGCUCAACAGAGCAUGUCGAGAAGGAGAUUGAAGACCUCCGAGCGAAUGCAUACGCCUAUCUCAACGUUGAUGUAGGCGUGGCCGGGCCUGACUUCCGAGUAUCGGCGUCGCCUGUCUUUGAGCGCACUGUGAUGCAGAUCCUGGGCCGUCUCUCAGACCCCUAUUCGAAUGCCACCUUGAAGGAUCUUUGGGAGAAAAAGGGCUCAAAGAUCACUCCUCUUGGCGCUGGAAGCGACUAUGUCGCAUUUCAGGAUAUCGCCGGCACCUCGAGCAUUGAUUUUGGAUUCGAGGGCGAGCCUUACCCAUACCACAGCUGCUACGAGUCUUAUGACUGGAUGGUCAAGAAUGUCGACCCUGACUUCCAGUACCACAAGAUUCUGGCUCAAUUCUGGGGGCUUCUUCUGCUUGAUCUCUCGGAAAAUCUCAUGCUACCGUUUGAUAUGGAAGCUUACGGUAGCUCUGUUGACGGAUGGGUCAAAGACUUGGAUACGUAUGUCAAGUCCAAGAAUGCCAAGGUGGACUUGCAGCCCAUGUUUAAUGCCUCGGCGGAACUGAAGGCCAACACCGUUCAAUUCCAGUCAUGGAACAAUAUCUGGCAUGACACUGUGUGGGGAAUGGGAGGUUAUGAGAGCAAUGUCAUGGCCGUUCAACGAGUCAAUCACAAUGCUCGAAUGGCCGCAUUUGACACCAACCUACUAGACUUGGCAGAAGGCGGAGGUAUUCCCAACCGCACACAAUUCCGACACGUCAUAUUUGGUCCAGAGUUGUGGUCCGGCUACGAUGCCGCGCUCUUCCCUGCUAUCCGAGAUAGCAUCGACACAGGAGAUUGGAAGCUGGCCCAGCACUGGAUCGACCGGGUCGCCGAAAUCAUCCGACAUGCCAGCGAUAAACUUCUUCACUAA